GCGGCCCAGCGGAGGAUGUCGGAGAACCUGCCGCCGCCCCCGCCCGGCCCCGGGAACGCCCCGGGCAGCGGCCCUGCCAACUCGGCCGGCGGGGCCGGGCCCGGGGGGGCGGCGGCCGGAGGCGGCGGGGCCGGGACCCCUCGCGGGGCGCGCACCCCCAAUCUCAACCCCAACCCCAACCCGCUCAUUAACGUGCGCGACCGCCUCUUCCACGCGCUCUUCUUCAAGAUGGCCGUGACCUACUCGCGCCUCUUCCCGCCUGCCUUCCGCCGAGUCUUCGAGUUCUUCGUGCUGCUCAAGGCACUCUUUGUGCUUUUCAUUCUGGCCUACAUCCACAUUGCCUUCUCUCGCACCCCUAUUAAUUGUUUGGAGCAUGUGCGAGACAAGUGGCCCAGAGAUGGCAUCCUUCGAGUAGAAAUUCAACACAACUCCAGCCGAGCUCCCAUCUUCCUCCAGUUUUGUGAUGCAGAGAGUUUCCCAGGCAUGGUGAUAGAGUCUGAGGAGGAAGAAGAGGAGGAGGAAGAAGAUGAAAUGACAGUAGAGAUGUUUGAGAACAGCUCAGUCAAGUUUGAGCUGGACAUUGAACCAAAGGUGUUCCUGAAGCCUUCCCGGGGGAGCAACCCUGAAGCAUUGACCCAGAUGACCAAGAACCAAAGCCAGGAGCUUUCCUUCACUGAGGCGACGACUAAAGGUAUGCAGCCUCUGAUCGAGACUGUGUCGGAAUUUGAGAUGCUAGCCAGAGCAGUGUGGCCCCAGGAAGAGUACAUAGUGGAGUAUUCCCUGGAGUACGGGUUUUUACGAUUGUCUCAGAGCGCUCGGCAGCGCCUCAGCAUCCCCGUCAUGGUGGUGACGCUGGACCCUACGAGGGAUCAGUGCUUUGGAGACCGAUUUAGCCGUUUGCUCCUGGACGAAUUCUUGGGUUAUGAUGAUGUUUUGAUGUCCAGCGUGAAAGCCCUGGCGGAAAAUGAAGAGAACAAGGGUUUCCUGCGCAAUGUUGUAUCUGGGGAGCAUUAUCGCUUUGUCAGCAUGUGGAUGGCAAGGACUUCCUACCUGGCUGCCUUUGUCAUUAUGGUCAUAUUUACUCUGUCGGUCUCAAUGCUCCUGCGGUAUUCGCACCACCAGAUUUUCGUCUUCAUUGUGGACCUCCUACAGAUGUUGGAAAUGAACAUGACAAUUGCCUUCCCUGCUGCACCGUUGCUCACGGUGAUUUUGGCUCUUGUUGGUAUGGAAGCCAUCAUGUCUGAAUUCUUCAAUGACACCACAACGGCGUUCUAUAUCAUCCUCAUUGUGUGGCUGGCUGACCAGUAUGAUGCCAUCUGCUGCCACACCAACACCAGUAAGAGGCACUGGCUGAGGUUCUUCUAUUUGUACCACUUUGCCUUUUAUGCCUAUCACUACCGAUUCAAUGGCCAGUACAGCAGUUUGGCCCUGGUCACUUCUUGGCUCUUCAUCCAGCAUUCCAUGAUCUACUUUUUUCAUCAUUUUGAGUUGCCGGCCAUCCUCCAGCAGAUCCGCAUCCAGGAGAUGUUGUUGCAGAACCAGCAGAUUGGCCAGGGCACCCAAACGGCCCUGCAGGACAAUCUCAACAAUAACACUGCGGCCGCAGCUGUGGCCCCUGGGAGCCCCAGACCCUCUCUACACAAUGGGAGCGGCAGCCAGUCAGCCCCUGGGGAGGGGCCUGGCCCCACCUCUGCCUCAGUAGGGGGUGAACUGAACUGGAUGGCUGAGACAGCCACUAUUUUCACGGACCCUUCAUUUCUCUCUGAUCUGAGUGCCUCCCUCCUAGAGCAGAGAGCAGGACAUGGAGCCCUGGCCAAUGGAAGUCCCCCCAAUGUCCCAGCUGCUACCACCUCCCCUGGCCUAGUUGCCCAGAUCCGAGUUAGUGAGAGCCCUGGGGCCACCACUAGCUCCAUCACCAUUGAAGUGACAUCAGCAACACUAGUCACCCCAGAGGCAGAAGGUACAACCCCGGAGCCUCCUGCCUCCCUUCCAGCCCACACCACUGGCAUCCCUGAGCCAGCUGCUUCCCUUGUGGAUCAGACUAGGGCCAGUUCACUCUCACUUGGUGGCCAGGAUAUUGUCGGUGUUUCCGAGAGCAGCGUCUCCAAGGCCCUUGCCCAAGACCCCGCCUCAGACAAGUGUAUGACCCCAGAUCUUCAGGCCACACAGGAGAGUCAUCCCUGCUCCAAAGACAAUGGUGCCCCACCAGCCGUCCUUUCAGAAGCAGAGUUUAGGAGCCCCUCGUGAAGCACUUUUGCUGAUCCUUGAUAGGGUGGAGGGAAUCUCUCUGUUCCUGUCAGACACUGGCUCUUUUUCUUCCCCAACCAGAUUCAGAUGAAUUUUUAAAAUUAUUUUUAAACCCACUGAGUGAAGGCAGCUUCAGGGAAAGCAGCCUUCCAGAGGCACGGCCUUAACUCACCAGGCGCAGUUGGUCCCAGCUCUGUGUCCCCCUGGGCUCCAUGGGAAGAUGUGUAACCUGAUCUGAGCAGUCUCCAGAGCAGCUGGUUUCCUUGCCCAACUCCUGGCCUACACCUGUGGGCUUCCCUGCACCACUGUCCUGGGGUUUCUUUUUCCCCUUCAAACUAUUCCUCCUCCCCUUGUCUGGGAGAUGUGCUCCUGCCUCCCCUUCUGGAUGCUAGGCCUUGUUGGAGCCCAGGAUGGAAUCUCCCCAUCUCCUUGCUUUGUGCAGACAUGUCCUAAUUUCUGGUGAUUUUGACUCUUCUCUCCUCCUGAGGCAUGAGGACCUUUUUCCACGAGAGAACCCUUUUUUUCCCCUUUGACUAAAGGAGAACUGGAUGGUUGAAUGGGGUUCUGUCCACCACCAAGUACUCACUGUAUUCUCAGUCCUCCGAGGCAGCAAGAACUAGGGCUGUGGUGUGGGAUUUGGAGAAGGCAGUAAGCAGCUGCUCUGGUAGAACCUCGUGAAGCUCAGGUGUUGCAGAGCCAAAGCCUGUGUGGGGCAGGAUCCCAGGGGUCUGAUUAGCAUGUUCACUGGCCUAGUAGAGAGCAGUCAGGGUGUCAGGAGGGAGGUGGAGUCGCACUGCUCCGUGGAGAGGAGCACUUUUGGCAGCCUCUCUUUUAUCCCUCCCACUCCAGGUUGGCCUCCUUCUAAAGCCCCAGAUGAAGAGAACCGACCCCAGGCAAGCAGCGACGGUGUUAGUGGAGGGUUGGUUUGGCUUGGGGGUGAAAUGUACGUGGUGGGCAGAAGGAUGGAGCAAAUGGCCCACAGCUGGUGAAACCCAGCCUUCAGCCGGCACAGACAUGCAGGGCCACAGAAGAGAGAGUAGGAGUGAGGCCUGCAGCAUGAAAGCCUACUGGGUUCUUCUCUUCCCUCUCCAUCCCUCCACAGGGGUUUCUGCCUGGUGCUUGGAGCUCAGUGUCUUUUCUUGGGCCUGCAGUAUGGCUUACUCCCCCGCCUCCUUCUCGCCAGAGCCUUGACUUCCCACCGCCUCUUAAGGAGAAGGUCUGGGAGAGUCCUGUGGAGGUAGUGGCGGAUGCAGUGUGAGCCUGGGAUUCUGCCCAGCGGGAAGCAGCGUGGUCCCCACGGGUCAUCUCUUGGUUGGCUGGGGAGUACCUGCUGUGCUCACUGACUCAGGGGCUCCUAUGUAGAGGAGUUACUUCCAGGCAGCCGCAAGUGGACAGUUGAGGGAAAUGACUGCUCCUUCUACACGCUCUCCCUCUCCCUCUCCCUCUCCCUCUCCCUCUCCCUCCCCCUCCACACACACACACACACACACACACCUGCCCCCCCCCCAGAACUCUAGUAUGAGGGAAGGGGAGAAGGCAGUCCCCAGAUGUGUAGAACUGAGCACCACGUGAAGCCACUGAAUGACCCCCAUAAGGAAUCUUGUUCAUUAGAGGCAGGAUUUUUGACUUUAGGUAUCCCCACAUAUGCUGUUCCCCGCCCUGUACCUGGUUACAAAGCUGCACCUGGUGAAAUGUUCCAUUUAUAGGGGAAAUUGUACGAGUAGGUAUUAUGCCCCGGGAACAGUGAGAAUUCAGUGGGAAAGCUGAUGGUCCCCUGGCUCAGGAAAUGGAUUUAAACGGUUUCUGGGUCCUAGCCCCUACCACUCAAAAGGAAUGAAACAUUAUGGGGAGUGGGAGGACAAUCCCUUGCGCAAACCCUCCUUUUGCUGCCAUGAGCAGACUCGGAAAUCUGACUUGCUGUGUCUGGGCCAUUGGGCGAGAGCUUUGGCAGAUGAGCCCGGAGGCUGAGUAAAUCAACCAAAUCACUUGGUGAGGAAUGAAGAAUAAAAAAUUCAUUCCAUUCUAUUUAAUUGUAAUUUACAAAAAUUGUGUUUGUAUAUAUAAUAAAUAGUCUAUCUAACA